CCUGCGCACCACUAAAAAAUGGCCGCUUCGCAGCAAGUGCACUUUUUUUUGUAUUAUUAAUCCGACCGAAUCGAGAACGAAAAGCCCUAAAUUGGAGCUUCUGUUAAACGGAAAGCCAUCAUAGGGCAGUGGAAUCAUGGAGCAAGUGAGGGACACCAAAGUGCAAACGCCAGAACCAAUGGAAGCGGAUGACCCUCCUCAAGAGGUUGAAAGAACUGAGAGCCCAGAACCCAAAACAGCGCCGUUGGAAACGCUUGAAAAAAGUGCGGGUCCCGCUGAUUUGGAGGAUGAGUUGGCCAAUCUCAAUGGUUCGGAAGAGGUCGCAGGCCUGGACGAACUGAGCUCGCUGGAACAGGAGAUAGCAAAGCUGCACCACAUUCGACCACCGGAGGCUGCGUCCGAAGCUGCAGAUUCCGUCACUCCGAGUGGCGGAGCGGAUAAUGGUGGCUUGGAGGCCCGGGUUGCAGGUGAUGACUUGGCUAGUGGCUCCCCACUCCUGGAAGAUGGGCAUGAUUCCUCUGGAAAUGGUAAGGCCAGUGAGUCACCCCUGGAGGAGGUGGAUCUGAUAGCAUUGCUUAAGGGCACGGACACCAGUCAUGAGCAACCUUCCGGCGACGAGAAGUGCGCCUUGGAAAAGGCUCUCUCCGAGCUUGACGGAGUGGAAGGGGACGUGGACGUGGGUGUCACCAUAGAGGGCGAAGGGCAGUUCGAGAUUAUGGAGAUCGACGACGACGAAGGAGAGCCAUCUUCCCGCAAGCCCAGUCCCAAGGUGGCAGUGGCAAAGACCGACAAACCCUCAGCAUCCUCCAACACUUCGACUUCUAUUCCCAAGCAAAGGCUGUCCCCAGAGCAAGCGAGAGCUGUGGCUCUAGAGCAGAUGGCCGGCCUUAAGAACAAGUCGCGUCGCAAGGAACCGCCGCCUGUUGUCAAGCCGGUGGAUAUUGUCAGCUCAUUAAAUGACGAUUGGGAUGACUACGGCUCUGAGGAAGAAAAGACGGAAGUGAUAGCCCUGCUUCCGGCACAGGUGGUGUCAAAAAAGCCGCCUUUACCGCUAAAAAAGGUUACAUCUCCCAGCAAAUCCAGCCUAAACUCACCGCUCUUGCUCAACAACAAGAUCAGCGGGGUUAAAGUAAUGUUAAAGACAGUAAGCCAAAAGCAACUGGCGGCCUCAACUGGUUCAGCUCUGGAGAAACCCAAGCAAGCAGUCACCGUGGCACCUCCCAAGGAAAUUGAAGAGCCUUCUACGGGCUUUAAGCGCAUGCGUGUAAUUAGAAAGAAGAUAAUCUGGGAUCCGGAUGUGCCAGAAACAAAAACGUCCUUUGCUCAGUAUGCCAGCACAAAGACUACAGCAAAGGGUCCAUCCCCAGCGCCUCCAGCACCAAAAGCAACAGUCAAGAGCAUUUCCCCAAAUACAACGAUUAAAAAGGAGGUGGCACCCAAGAAACGGGCAGCAACGCCCACCGCCAGGACCACUAAAGCUGGCACUCCAGUUGGAGCAGCAGAAAGAGGUAUCUCACCUGUCAAGCGACGCUCUCAAACCCCCAAUACAGGUUUGGCCAACGGCGGAUCCCAGAAAAAGAAGAAGGUUUCUGAAAUCGAUCGCCUGAUGGGCGACGAGGGAGCGGCCAACAUGAUCCAUGCGGUGGAGCACGAGCAGCGAGAGAUGAGCGGAGGGGAGAUGUCCAACAAGCCGCUGAUGCGCAAGCGAUCCAUGACCAUAACCGGAAGGAACCAGACACCCCGUGUCGCAGUGGAACCAACACCUCCCAAAAAGGAUUCAGCACAUUCUUCUGCCAAGCGAACGCCAGUCGCUACCGACUCCGUUUUCAAUAAGUCCACUGACCCCUCAUCCGCCAGCAAGCCGAGGGCUUCCGACUCCUGGGAUUAUGUCUACAAGCAGCGCGCAAGCGAGGAGUCCAUGAUCAUGCGACGGCGCUCCAAUAGCUCCUACUCCAGCAAUGCCUCCGUUAGCCGCAAUUCGCUGGACAAUAAGCCCGGAGCUGCCAAUCUGUCGGAUGAUGCUGCCGACGGCUCUGAUCCUUCCUUUAAGUUCCUUAAGCCCGUAAACAAGGCGAAUCAAAGGGGCGCCGAGACGUCGGAAGGCGUCACGUCGCACACGUUGGCCAAUGAUAUGAAGGCCAAUAGCGGAACCGAAUUGGUGGUCCUGCGCAAGGUAGACAAGGUGGCCCACCUUGUGAUACAUGCACACCGCGGCAAAUCCGGGCACACGUAUAGUAGCCAACUGCUGGAGCAGUUGAGCGACACGCUGGCCAGUGUUGCCCGUAAGAGCGAGUACAACACAGUUCUGCUAACCGUUGAGGGUCAGCAGUUCUGCCAGGGCAUUGACUGCCAGGAACUAGUGCAGGGAUCGCUGGAAAAGCGGAGGAAUAGCGUCAGACAUCUGGCGCUAGCCUUAAAAACAUAUCUACGCACUUUGGCCACCUUUCCAAAGCCCGUGGUGGCGGGCAUUGUUGGCAACCUAAUCAAUCUUGGCGUUAUGCAGCUGCCCUUUUCUGACUACGUGGUAGCCGCCGAUGACUGUAGCUUUGAGACUAAUUACUCCAAAUUGGGACAGCUACCCGAGGGCUAUGCUCUGUGGCAUGGUCACGAAAAGGUGUCCAGUCAAGUGCAUUUGCGAUUGUUUUUGUUGGGUGAAAGACUGUUUGCACCGGAACUUUUGGGUCCACAAAGUUUCGUUAACAAGAUCUGCAAGGCCCGCAGCGUCAACGAUGAAGCUCUGGCCAUCGCAAAACAAAUAUCUACAAACUCAGCAGAGAUGUAUCGGACGCUGAAAAGACUCAAUCACUCAGCCAAAAAUGCGGGCAAUUUCCCGCGCCUGGAUGAGGAACUAAAGGUUAUAGCCGAGCAAUGGUUGACUGUCAAUUGCUUGGCUAAUUUUAAACGCUAUCUUAGCGAUGUUGAUUUCUAGAGCUUAGGUUAAGAAUUAUUGUAUACCAUGUGCAAUGGUAGAGAAAUUCAUAUACACACAAUUUUACAAAUUAAAUCAUACAUUUAGUUGAGUCCAUUUAGAAGUUUUAUUCUGGACCAUUAGACUAUCGCCCUUAGAGUUUUUUUACAUUUACCCACAAAACACAUGUGUAAUAUUUUGUAUCCUAUUGUAAACUAGCAACGCAGUGUAAAUUGUAUGAAAAUUUUAAUCAGCAUUAAAUUUAGAUUCUGUUAUAUCAUAAUUCGGAAUAAAUCACGUUUGAUUAGUUUUAAACGUGCUUUUACCGGGAAAAUAUAUGGUUAUGACUGUUGUAAAAGUUUAUGAAUCCUGAAUAAAUCCCCAUGCAAAAUCAUCCUUA